GGAUCCAGGCUGGCCAUGCAGGACUCGGGUCCGCAUGAAGUCCAGGAACGGUGCCAUGGUCCGGUGACGGCAGGUCACGUGACUGCGGGGAAGCUUCUGUGUCCGACGUGCGCGUGGUUGUGUUUUCCCGGGAAAGAUGCACGUGUUCAGGAGCUCCACUUACCAGGUCUUCCCGGACAGAAGCUCGCUGGCCACGCCGACCAUAAGAGGCAUCAGCUGGACUCCACUUCCAGAGGCCCUGAAUUCCAGGGACACCAUGAAGCAGUUCCUGUCAGAUCGCGUGGUGAAGGCGGCCAGGUCGGUCUACAGCGUCCUGGUGGACAGGAACCCCGCCCUCAUCCGAGACCGGAAGCACCACCUCAAAACACACAGACAAUGUUGCUCGGGCAAGGAGCUGGUGGACUGGCUGAUGAGACAGAGCGAGGGUCUGCAGUGGCGCAGCCAGGCGGUGGGCAUGUGGCAGGUCCUGGUGGACGAAGGCAUCCUGGUUCACGUGAAACAGGAGCUGAACUUCCACGACAAGGACACGCAGUUCUACCGCUUCCUGGACUCCCAGUACGGACUCAACCAGCUGACCAAGGACUGCGAGGACGAGCUGCAGGAGAGUCUGUCUCUGCUGUCCCAGCUGGGCCCGGACGCCCUGCUCGCCAUGAUCCUCCGCAAAUGUCCGGGUCAGAGGAGCGCCGAGGACCUGGAGGUGAUCUACGAGGAACUCCUCCACCUCAAGGCCGCCGCUCACCUCUCCACCUCGGUGCGGAAGGAGCUGGCUGCUGUGCUGCUCUUUGAGUCCCACGCUAAGGCCGGAACUGUCUUGUUCAGUCAGGGGGACAAGGGCACUUCCUGGUACAUCAUCUGGAAAGGCUCCGUCAACGUGAUCACCCACGGGAAGGGUCUGGUGACCACGCUGCACGAAGGCGAGGAUUUCGGGCAGCUGGCCUUGCUGAACGACGCCCCUCGCGCCGCCACCAUCAUCCUGCGGGAAGACAACUGUCACUUCCUGCGUGUGGACAAGCACGACUUCAUCCGCAUUCUGAAGGACGUGGAGGCCAACACGGUGCGACUGGAGGAGCACGGCAAGACCGUGCUGGUGCUUGAGAAGCGAGCAGACUCGGCCGAGCAGGGAGGAGCAGGAAACAAGUACACGGUGAUGUCAGGAACACCAGAGAAGAUUCUAGAACACCUCCUGGAAACCGUGAAGUUGGACUCCAACGGGAACGACGCAGUAGAUUCCUGCGUGAGCGACUUCCUGCUCACCCACAAAGUCUUCAUGCCCUCCAGCCAGCUGUGUGGCGCCCUGCAGCAGCACUACCAGGCGCGCCUGUCUGAGGGCUCGGAGCAGGAGAAGGCCGCCUACGUCCUCAGCGCCAGGCAGAAGGUGGUGAAGCUGAUCGGCCAGUGGGUGGCGCUCUACGGCCUCCUGCUGAGGGAAGACCCUGUCGCCGCCGCCUUCCUGGAGAAGGUGAAGAAGGACGUGUGUGCUGACGUGCGGCUGAGAGAAGAAGUGAGAGACAGAAGAAGAACCAGAGUCUUAGAGAAUGGAUACCACUCCUUGAGCAGGAAGCAGUCGUUCAGCUGGUUCCCACACGGCGAGGAGGCCACAAGCGGGCUGCAGCCAAUCAGAGCACAGGAUGAAGUCUUGUACCGCAUCCACACGCCAGACCACCGGGAGCUCUCGCUGAUGCUGCCCGUCAACUGCAGCGUGCAGGAAGUGAUGUCAUCGCUGGUCAAGCCCGGAGGAGAUCACGUCCUGGUCAAGAUGAACUCGGCGGGAGAGCGGGCGGAGCUGAAGCUGGAUGCCUGUGCGGUGAUGACGGCGCUGGGACUGAACGAGAGACUCUUCAUCUGCACCAGAGUCCAGGUGCAACAUCUGACGCCGCUGAGCGAGCAGCAGGGUCCCGAGCGAGGGAGCGCCGACGCGCUGGAACAAAUGUGCUCCAAGGACGUCGCCGGCGAACUCACCAACUACGACUGGGAGCUCUUCGCCGCCAUGCACGAGGUGGAGUUGGUCCACUACGUUUUCGGACGCCACAAAUUCCCGGGCGCCGUCACGGCCAACUUGGAGCGUUUCGUGCGCCGCUUCAACGAAGUUCAGCUUUGGGUCGUGAGCGAACUUUGCUUGUGUGAAGAUUUGGUGAAAAGAGCCGUGCUGCUCAAGAAGUUCAUCAAGAUAGCCGCCGUGUUAAAAGAGCAGAAGAAUUUCAACUCCUUCUUUGCUGUCAUGUUUGGUUUGAGCAACAGUGCGGUGCAGAGACUCUACAAGACCUGGGAGAGAAUACCUGGCAAGACUAAAAGAAUCUACUGUUCCUACGAGAGGCUGAUGGAUCCUUCACGUAACCAUCGAGCUUACAGGCUGGCGGCGACCAAGCUGAGUCCUCCUUUCAUUCCUUUCAUGCCGCUCAUCCUGAAAGACAUGACCUUCAUCCACGAGGGAAACGCCAACCUGGUGGAGCGCCUGGUCAACUUUGAGAAGAUGCGGAUGGUCGCCAAGACGAUGAAGAUGGUGCGAGGGUGCCGGAGUCAAACCUACGUGCCGUCAUCGCCACAGAGAAGUUUGGCUGACAGAAUGUUUCUAGAAGGUCCUGCUGCUCGCCUUUCCACAUACUCGGACCACGCCCUUCCUCUGAGGACCCCCGGCAACAUCCGCCUUUACGUCCAGCACCUGAGGGUGAUUGACAACCAGCGCAAGCUAACGCAGCUUUCGAGGACCUUAGAAAGCUAGCGGCGGCCGUUUGGGGGCUCGGUUGCCGUGACGACGCACUGGACCGGGUUUUGACACACACACAUUCUUGUAGUUCUUACCUUCUUGAGACCUGAGAAAAAUGCCGACCUCUUUCGGACAACCCUUUGUAGAUAUAUAAAGAUAUGUAUUUAAAACAUUAAUAAUAUAUACAUACUAUGCAAAUAUAAAAACAACUUUAAGUUAAUUUAUUUUAGUUUUAGUUUUUUAAUCUUCAUUAUUAACUUAACUCUAUAUACAUAUUUAUUUUAAUUUUAAUUAUCAAUUUUGGCCAAAAGGGGCGCAUUUCAAAUUCUUACACACACUUGUCAUUUCAUAUGUUGACCAGAGGGGGAGCACUUCAAAGUUUUACACACACUUGUUAUUUCAUAUGUUGGCCAUAGUGGGGGAACUUCACAUUUGUAUGCACACUUGUUAUUUCAUAUGUUGACCAGAGGGGGAGCACUUCAAACUUUUACACACACUUGUUAUUUCAUAUGUUGGCCAUAGUGGGGGAAAUUCACAUUUGUACGCACACUUGUUAUUCCAUAUGUUGGCCAGAGGGGGAGCAAUUCAAAAUGUGUAAACAUACUUGUUAUUUUAUAUGCUGGCCGGGGGGGGGGGGCACUUCAAAUUCUUACACACACUUGUUAGUUCAUACGUUGGCCAUAGUGGGGGAACUUCAAAUUUGUACGCACACUUGUUAUUUCAUAUGUUGACCAGAGGGGGAGCACUUCAAAUUUGUAUACACACUUGUUAUUCCAUAUGUUGACCAGAGGGGGAGCACUUCAAAUGUUGGCCAUAGUGGGGGAACUUCAAAUUUGUACGCACACUUGUUAUUUCAUAUGUUGACCAGAGGGGGAGCUCUUCAAAUUUUUACACACACUUGUUAUUCCAUAUGUUGACCAGAGGGGGAGCACUUCAAACUUUUAACACACACUUGUUAUUUCAUAUGUUGGCCAUAGUGGGGGAACUUCAAAUUUGUACGCACACUUGUUAUUCCAUAUGUUGACCAGAGGGGGAGCACUUCAAACUUUUACACACACUUGUUAUUUCAUAUGUUGGCCAUAGUGGGGGAACUUCAAAUUUGUACGCACACUUGUUAUUUCAUAUGUUGACCAGAGGGGGAGCACUUCAAAUUUGUAUACACACUUGUUAUUCCAUAUGUUGACCAGAGGGGGAGCACUUCAAAGUUUUACACACACUUGUUAUUUCAUAUGUUGGCCAUAGUGGGGGAACUUCAAAUUUGUACGCACACUUGUUAUUCCAUAUGUUGACCAGAGGGGGAGCACUUCAAACUUUUACACACACUUGUUAUUUCAUAUGUUGGCCAUAGUGGGGGAAAUUCACAUUUGUACGCACACUUGUUAUUUCAUAUGUUGGCCAGAGGGGGAGCAAUUCAAAAUGUGUAAACAUACUUGUUAUUUUAUAUGCUGGCCAGGGGGGGGGGGGGGGGGGCACUUCAAAUUACGCACACUUGUUAUUUCAUAUGUUGACCAGAGGGGGAGCACUUCAAAUUUUUAUACACACUUAUUCCAUAUGUUGACCAGAGGGGGAGCACUUCAAACUUUUACACACACACUUGUUAUUUCAUAUGUUGGCCAUAGUGGGGGAACUUCAAAUUUGUACGCACACUUAUUUCAUAUGUUGGCCAGAGGGGGAGCGAUUCAAAAUUCGUAAACAUGUUAUCUUAUAUGCUGGCCAGUGGGGGAGCACUUCAAAUUCAUACACACACUUGUUAUUUCAUAUGUUGGCCAGAGGGGGAGCACUUCAAAUGUGUACACACACUUGUUAUUUCAUAUGUUGACGACCAGGGGAGCACCUCAAAUAUGUACACACACUUUUAAUUUCAUAUGUGGGCCAGAGGGGGCACACUUCAAAUUCUUACACACACUUGUUAUUUCAUAUGUUAGCCAGAGGGGGAGCACUUCAAAUGUGUACACACACUUGUUAUUUCAUAUGUUGGCCAGAGGGGGAGCACUUCAAAUGUGUACGCACACUUGUUAUUUCAUAUGUUGGCCACAGGGGAAGCAAUUCAAAGUUUGUAAACAUCUUUGUUACUUCAUAUGUUGGCCAUAGGGGGGGAAACUUUACAUUUGUACAAACACUUGUUAUCUCAUAUGUUGGCCAGAGGGGGAGCACUUCAAAUGUGUACACAGACUUGUUAUUUCAUAUGUUAACGACCAGAGGGGGAGCACUUCAAGUUCUUACACACACUUACUUCAUAUAUUGACCAGAGGGUGAGCACUUCAAAUUUUUACACAAACUUGUUAUUUCAUAUGUUGGCCAGAGGGGGAGCACUUCAAAUGUGUACACACACUUGUUAUUUCAUAUAUUGACGACCAGAGGGGGAGCACUCCUAAUGUGUUCACACACUUAUUAUUUCAUAUGUUGGCCAUAGCGGGGGAACUUCAAAUUUGUGCACACACUUGUUAUUUCAUAUGUUGGCCAGAGUGCGAGCACUUCAAAUGUGUACACACACUUGCUAUUUUAUAGGCUGGCCGGGAGGGGUGGGGGCAUUUCAAAUUCUUACACACAAUCGUUAUUUCAUAUGUUGACCUGAGGGAGAGCGCUUCAAAUUUUCAACACACACUUGUUAUUUCUUAUAUUGACCAGAGGGGGAGCACUUUUAAACGCGAUUAAAAAAAAAAAACCCUCCUUUUGAUAGAUAUCACCACCAGGGGUGCAAAUGAGACAUUCUCUGGUAUAGUUUUCCGUAUUGGGACCGUGAUUUAUGUCCUAACUUGUUCGUACCUCCUCAUAUGGAAGCUACUUUUCCUUGCGGAUGUCUCAAGAAGGCUAGAAAUACAAGAACACACACAAUAGUUAGUCCUUCGCCGCCUGGUCAGUCACGCCUCAGCGCACGUUUCCUGUACAUGCUUCACCUUUCAUACGCAAUAAAUUAUUUUCCCAAGCAAAGAUCA